UGUGCUGAUAAAAGGGUUUAAAGAAAAGAAUAAAACGUACGUGUUCCCUCCUGCCCGCUGCGGGCGCAGGGGUUUUUAGCGUUCUGCCUUCGUGACAGGAAGUCGUAGCUUUCCUCCCCUCUCGUGCCGCUGGCAAGCAAAGCCCACGGCCCGGGGCAGCGCUCCGGCGCCGCGGGGAGGCUCCGGCGCCGCUGGCCCCGGGUAAGGCGCGGGGGCCGCGGGCUCGCCUGGCCGCGCUCGGAGCGGGCGCAGCCCCGCGUUCCGCUGAGCACGGGGCGCUCCGGCCGCCAGCAGGGCAGGCGGGAGCCGGGCUGGCCGGGCCCCGGCUGCUGACGGCAGCUUCUGCAGUUCCUCGGCCUCCCCGGGCUGGGCAAAGGUUGGCGCGGCUCCCAGCGAGUCCAAGGGUUGCGCCCGUCCGCGGAGGCUCCAGAUUGCUGCAGCUGGGCAGGCGAGAGACGAGCGAGCUCCUGCAGCACGAAUUGAAGACCUCUGAUCAGGGAUUCAGCAACUCUGCUCCUGAGGGAGUCAUUCCUACCUAUCAACAAUACCAGAGACACAAUGUCUUCUGGAAAUGACUGUCAACCCCAGACCUUGACCAAACCUACAUUUGAUGAGAGAGAGGCAGCUGAAUUGGUUGACAGGGUGUUUGGAUUGAAGGUAUCUUGGAUCAGGUCUCUCCCCAGCUAUGAUGAUCAGAACUUCCACGUGCGUGUCUCAGCUGAAGGUGCUGAUGAGUAUGUCCUCAAAAUCACCAAUUCAGAAGACAGCCAGCAGCCUGACCUCAUUGAAGCACAGACCCAGGCCAUGAUGUUUCUCAGUGCUGAAGGUUUCCCUUCACCUACUCCUUAUCUGACAAAAGAUGGUAACAUAAUGUCUCUGGAGUCAGGAGGUGCUGGACUUGGGAGCAAGAAGUACAUAGUCAGAUUGCUGACUUACCUGCCAGGUACACCAGUAGCAAAAAUCAGUACCAAUGCUCAGAUUCUGUAUGAGAUUGGGAGGCUCGCUGCCAGCGUGGAUAAAGUGCUCUCAGCGAAAUUCCAGCAUCCAUCGGUAAAAAGUCUGCAUCGAGGUCAGUUCAUUUGGAAUCUGGCAAAUGUUCCUCUUCUAGAUCAGUACAUUUAUGCCUUGGGCCAAAACAAAUACUGUGCAGUGGUGGAGCAAGUUAUUGAGCAGUUCAAAGGCAAAGUAAUACCCAAGCUAAGCAGUUUCCGAGCCUGUAUCAAUCAUGGAGACCUUAAUGACCACAAUAUUCUAGUAGAUUCCAGUUCUGCUUCCCUGGUGAAUCCCCAGUACAGAGUGUCUGGCAUCCUGGACUUCAGCGACAUGAGUUAUGGGUAUUACGUGUUUGAGGUUGCGAUAGCCAUCAUGUACAUGAUGAUUGAGAGCCCAGACCCUCUGAGUGUAGGGGGACAUGUUCUCGCAGGGUUUGAGAGCAUCCUGCCGCUCACUGCUGAGGAGAGAGGUGCCCUCUUUCUCCUGGUGAGUGGGAGGUUUGCACAGUCCCUCGUCAUCGCUGCCCACACGGCUCUUCUGUACCCAGAGAACAAGGAAUACCUCACAAUCACGGCAAAAACUGGCUGGAAACACUUAAUGUCAAUGUUCGAGUUGGGCCAGGAAGCUGUGGAGAAGAAGUGGUUUGAGACUGCCCAGGGGUACACGCACCACGCAUCUGCCCCGUAGGUCCGUGGCUG